AUGCAGCCGACGUCGGGAUCCUCGACAACGGGUACGGCCCAGAUCAUCGCCCUCGCACCGCUAAAGCCUGACCUCUGCGAGCGCGCCUGGCAGACGGCCGCGCACCCAACACUCCCGCUCGUCGCCACCGUCCACGGCAAAGGCGUGACCGUCUUCUCGCUCGCCACCCUCUUCUCCCACAGCAGCCUCACCGGCGGGCACACGCGGUCCGUCCGCUCCGCGGCCUGGAAGCCUAAUCUGCCCCCGCACAAGCUCUGCCUCGUCUCAGGCAGCUUUGACGCUACGGCCGGCGUCUGGCGCUGGGACGGCAACCAAGCCGGCGACGGCGACGGCGAAGCAGCGCUCGAGCGCGAAGUCACCUCCUCCAACGCCCGAAACGGCCACGAGAACUAUGACGACGACCAAGAAUCCAACGAGGGGGGAGACAAGGAAUGGGAAUUCACACUCGUGCUCGAGGGCCACGACUCCGAGAUCAAGUCGUGCUCCUUCUCGCCGUCGGGCGCGCACCUAGCCACUUGCUCCCGCGACAAGUCUGUCUGGAUCUGGGAAGACAUUGGCGCCUCGGAGGAGGAUGACGAGUGGGAGACGAUUGCGGUACUCAACGAGCACGAGGGCGACGUCAAGGCCGUCGCGUGGUGCCCCGACGUGCCCGGCCGCAACGCCCGCCGCCGGUACAGUCCCGACGUGCUGGCCAGCGCCAGCUACGAUAACACAGUGCGCGUGUGGCGCGAGGACAAUGAUGGCGAGUGGGCCUGCGUCGCCGUGCUCGAGGGCCACGACCAGACCGUCUGGGGCGUCCAGUGGGAGGCGCGCCCGCGCCCCGGCGACCGUUUCCCGCGCCUUCUGUCCUACUCCGCCGACGCCACCAUCCGCGUCUGGACGCUUAGGGAGGAUGACGACGGCGACGACGGCGAGCAAGACAGCGGCCGCACAGCGCUAGGUGGCAUCCCCAACACGAUGCGCAGGUCGCUGCGCGAGGAGUGGGUGUGCACGGCCGUGUUGCCCGCCGCGCACCACCGUGACGUGUACGCUGCCGCGUGGAGCGCUCAGACGGGCGUCGUCGCCAGCACGGGCAGCGAUGGCAAGAUUGUGCUGUACAGGGAAGAUGCCGAGGAACAGGCCUCUGUCACAGCGGCCGGGACGACGACGGCAGGACCCGACACGGACCAGCCCAUGCCAGACGCUGCAGAGGGGGAGCCGCUGGCUGUGCAGCCAUCCCCGGCGACGCUUCCCGGAUCUGCACGCUGGAGAAUUAUUGGCAGAAAAGAAAAUACACAUGGGCCUUAUGAAGUCAACCACAUCAUGUGGUGCAAGCGCUACGACAGCGCAGCGAGUGCGAGAGGCGAAGAGGAAAUGCUCAUCACGACAGGCGACAAUGGCAUUGUGCAACCGUGGGCUGUAAUCUUAACCGAGGAGUGA